CCUACUGUGUAUGAGGAACGCCAGCUGAUUCGGUAGAAUAUAAUAGUCGAAAGAUCGGAUAUCGAGAUCGAUAUCAUUUUACUCAUUUAUCCUGAUAUGUGCAGUAUUUGCCCGGGUAAGUCUAUAUGUGAUGCUUUAAAUUCAUUUUAAAUAUCCGUUUACAUGGUCGAAUACCGGCUAUCUGCACGAGAACUCAACUCAGUACAUUUGUCAGAUGAAUUUCUGCUAACGUUAGCUAGGACGCUGGAUCGCUGCAUCGGCAUCCUUGGUCGGCUGAAAUUGCAUUCAAGCAUUUCUCACUACAGUGAGAGCUAUCUGUAGCAAGGCCACGUUAUGUAGCUGUUCCUAUGCAUCUAGCCAAAGAGCUCGUCGGUAUCUCGAAUGAUCUUGAAUGAACGCUUGCUACCAUCAAUCGUACAUUUAAAAAUACAGUAGAAAUAAUUUCAACCGCCCCCACCUCUUGUCUGAAAAAAAGGUUGGAGGUAAGGCAUUUCCACUUGUCUAGACUUGCCCUUUUGUAUUGUCAUUUCUAGACUUUAUUCGGUCUAGUACAAUUUCUGGUAAAUAAUUAAUCCAUAGCACUUAUUAGCCACAUUUAGGCAUGAUCUCUUUUAGCUACCUGCAAAUGAAUUUGGGAGUGAAUGUUAAGUGUGGCAAUCGGUCAUGGGCAUUAUGCCGCGUUCAUGUGCUAGUCGGAACUAGGAAACUCGGGCAUUUCCGACAUGCUAACUGGUUGUAGUUUUACACGUGCCGCGUUCAACCAGUUAGCAACUCGGAAAUGUCCGAGUUUCCUAGUUCCGACUAGCAACUGAACGCGACAUUAGUCAGUGGGCCAAGGUUCAGUGCUAUUUCAACAGUCGGUGUGGGGUGUGGAUCUAUUGAAAUAAGUGUGUGUAAUGGGAAAACAUCAAGGGUUUAAUAUUUAUAAUAUAUUCAACGUUUAAUUCUCAUUAAAUACAAAAAUAUGUAUUUUGUUGACAACUGUCUAAUCAAGUCAUGAUAGUUUUUCACUGUAUUUUGCCUCAGCCAUUAUGCUAUUUUGUCUUCACAGAUAUAGGCCUACGAUUGUGGACUAAAAGAAGAACUAACCAUGGUGUGUGCCCCAGAGAGGAAUUGACAGUCCUUUGAAUAAGACAUUUGUAUUCAAUCUGGAGUCCUCCGCCGUGAACCGCUCUCCCUCCCUGUCUUCUCCCCCUACUGCAGCCAUGCAGACCAACCCGGUACUGGUGGAGUCUGCAGUGGUUUUCUCUGUGGUGAUGUGUGUCCACAUGGCCGUGUGGAACCAGCACUCCUGGUGCUGCGUGGCCCUGGCCAUCCAGGCCUUCUACGUGCAACACAAGUGGGACCGCCUGCUCCGUAAUGGCAACGCCGUCUUCCAGUGGCGCCUGUCAGCCAACAGCGGCAUCGUCCCAGCCGUCAUGGUGAUGCCACUGCUGGGCGUGACGCUGCGGGAGAAGUGCGCCGCCUCGGGGAACGUCUACUUUGAGCGUUUCUCCAUGGUGGUCACGGUGACGGGCAUGAUGCUGGCGCUGUUCCUGUCGCUCCUCGCGCUGGGCAUCACACGGCCCGUGCCCACCAACACGUGUGUGAUCGCAGGUGUGGCAAGCAGCGCCAUCCUGUACACGGUGAAGCAGACCUUGACGGUGUCGGAAGUGAUCGAGGUGCUGGAGGUGCUGCUGAUCUUUGUCUACCUCAGUCUGAUCGUGCUCUACCUGCUGCCGCGCUGCUUCACGCCUGGCGAGGCCCUCCUCAUCGUUGGGGGCAUCAGCUUCAUCGUCAACCAGCUCAUCAAGCGCUCACUCAACCUGGCUGAGGUCAAAGGGGAACCGGUCCACUACUUCCUGCCCGUGGUGGUGGUAGGAUCUCUUCUCCUAGGGGUGUUCUUCGCCCUGCUCUUCUGCUUCAUGGAGUCUGAGACCUGGGUGUCGUCGCUCUUCUUCCACAUGAUGACGGCCGUGCUGGGCUUGGGGAUCCUCAUGCCCUGGCUCUCCCUCCUCAUCCGCCGCCACCCCAUCAUGUGGCUGCUGGACUUUGUGACUCUGAACGACAAGCGGCUGUGCCUGCUGGGCUACUGGGUGCUGCUGGCCACGCUGGCCAUCCUGGUGGUGCUGCAUCAGAACUACCAGCGCCAGUCAGGCUCCAAGAAGCACCAGGCCUCUACGGUAGUCAGAAAGUACUUCCACCUCAUUGUAGUAGCCACCUUCGUCCCGGGCCUGGUGUAUGACCGCCAGCUCCUCCACGUGGCGUCCGUGGGCUGCCUGGGGGCCUUCCUGCUCCUGGAGUACGUGCGCUACUUCCGCAUCCGCCCAUUGGGUCAACUCCUUCGUCAGUUACUCACCCUGUUCCUGGACGAGCGUGACUCUGGACCUCUCAUCCUCACCCACAUCUACCUCCUCCUGGGCAUGUCCCUGCCUAUCUGGCUGUUCCCAGGGCCCUGCGCCCCCAAAGGCAUCCUGCCAGGGGCGGGGGGCCUGGUACCCUACGCCGGGGUGCUGGCGGUGGGUGUGGGGGACACGGUGGCGUCGGUGUUCGGCAGCAGCAUGGGGGAGAUACGCUGGCCGGGCACCAAGAAGACGGUGGAGGGCACGGCCACGUCAGUGUUUGCCCAGAUCAUCGCUGUGGCCAUCUUCCUCAUCUUCGACCCCACCAUCAACCUGAACUCCACCUACUCGUGGAUCGUGGGCUCCAUCACCAUGGUAGCCAUGCUGGAGGCCUACACCUCGCAGAUAGACAACCUGCUGCUGCCGCUCUACCUCUUCAUCCUGCUGCUGCUCUGA